GCAGAGGAGAUGCCAAAGUGAAGUCUCUUUCUUUCCGGUCCUCUCCCUGGGAUGGGAGAAGCAUCUUUCAUUCUCUGCUCGGUCUCUGCAGCUUGGGAGGGACUGAGGGGGUUGCAAUUCCCCAGCGAGUGAAAUGCAGAGGACUGGAAAGACAGGGGCAGAAGGCUAUUAUAAAGAACACUUGACUCCCUCAAGUUGCUGAUAGGUUCAGAUGCUUUGCUGUGUCACUUUGAGUUGAUGAUCUUCAAGCAUCUAGCAAGAGUGCUGAGGCAUCCCUCAAGGGUUGGUGCUGAAAGAGAGAGCAUCAAACAGCACAACAAGGACAGUCCCACAGGAGGAGACAACUGUUACGCAAGAGACAGUGACUGGUGGAUCUCUGCUAAAGCAGGGCAUGGAACCUGAAAUCAAAAUGGAGGAGCAGAACGUGGCAGGUCCUGACCCAGGAGAGGGAAGGGGAGGGCAGGCUCUUCCAGAAAUGAUCAAGGAAGCUCUCUCUGAGAAAACUGAGCAAAAUGUGAAACAGGAACCAGAUGAAGGGCCAUCAAGGAAUUGGGAUGCCCAGUUGCAGGAGUUCCUCAAUAUGCUACAGGCCACAUAUUCAGAAGGAGAAAACCCACAAGUACCUGAGCUGAGGCAAUGGUGUGGUCCUAAAACAUCUCAAUUACUCUCCCAAAGAAAACUGGAUCCCCAAAAGUGGCCCAGAUCUUUGUGUGCUUCCGAAAUCCAGCCGCGACUCAUUGGUGAAGCGCAAGAGGACCAUGAGACCAAUCUGGAUGCAGCUUUCAGUGGGAAGCAGAAGGCAAGAACUCCGUCUGGGGAUGCUGCCGAGAUGGAGAGGCAGCGCCGGUGUUUUCGUGAGCUCUGCUAUCAAGAGGCUGAUGGGCCUCGCAAGCUUUGCAGGCAGCUCCAGGCACUUUGCCAUCAGUGGCUGAAGCCGGAGAGACACACCAAGGAGCAGAUCCUGGAACUGGUGACCCUGGAGCAGUUCCUGGCUGUCCUGCCACUGGAGAUGCAGAGCUGGGUGAGGGAACGUAACCCAGACAGCUGUGCCCAAGCAGUGACCCUGGCGGAGGAAUUUCUUCUGAGGCAGAAAGAGGCCAACAGCUGGGGAAAGCAGAUCACAGAAGAAGAGUUUGUCAAUCUCCCCAAGGCAAACCAGUCUCCCCAGAACACGACAGAGAUGCUGCUUUUCACACAGGCUGAACAGGAGGCUGAUGGGAGUGUGAACAUAUUGAUCUGGAAACAGCUGCAAGAUCGCCAGAUUGCAGAUCGCCAGAAGAGUGCAAUGCAACGGCUGCAAAGGGAAGGACAGAAAGAAAUAAAAACAGAGAAGCAGGACUCCGAUGGAUCUGAAAAGGGGAACAAGCCAGAGGGGGGCGAAACAGACCGUCAUGUCGCCCAGGUGGGGACCAGCACAGAGCUUCUGGCUGGCGUGGCUCCAAAGCCAAUUAAGCAGGAACCUGAGGAGGGGCUGCAGCCGUGCUGGGAGGCCCAGUGGCAGGAGUUCCUGAAGACCAUGCAGGCCCCUUGCUUAGGAUGGAGACCCUCACAGCUGUCUCUGCUCCACUCAGGGGAAGGCCCAAAGGAAUUCCGGGCCUCCUCUUGGCCGAGAAGAGGAUGUGUCACCCCAGUUCUCCCCAGCCUUCCUAGAGAAGCCCUCCAGAAGGCCUGUGAAAGCAGCCCAGAUUCCCCUGCAAGAGUGAAAGAAGAGAUGAUGGAGGAGGACGAGCCCACUGGCCUGGAGACUCGGUGCCAGUGCUUCCGGCGGUUCUGCUACUGGGAGGCCGAGGGGCCCCGCGAGGUGUGCAGGCGGCUCCAGGGGCUUUGCCGCCAGUGGCUGAGGCCCGAGAGGCACAGCAAGGAGCAGAUUCUAGAACUGGUGACCCUGGAGCAGUUCCUAGCUGUCCUGCCCCAGGAAAUGCAGAGCUGGGUCAGGGAAGGCUGCCCGCAGACCUGCGCCCAGGCGGUGGCCCUGGCGGAGGAUUUCCUGCUGCGGCUGGAGAGGAGAGAAGAACCGUUUCAGGAGCUGGAGCCUUUCGAGCGGGUGAUUGUUAAUUCCCCCAAGGCAGAAAAGGACCCCUCGGACACCGAAGAGUUGCAGCUCCCCAUGGCUGUUGGGCAGGACAGCGAUGGGGAGACGAACUUGCUCAGUGAUGGGCAGCGUAGCGAGAAUGAGGAGGAGAAUCGUCAGCUGGAGAGACGUGAGCAAGCGGAAGCAAGUUGGGCACCCAGAGAAAAAGCCCGAGGGGAAUUUACCCAGGAUUCUCUGUUUGUUUCCGUAACUGAGAAGAAGAAUCAUCUUCAUGUAGAAAGACCCAAGGGAGUGGAACUUAGUGAGAUCUCCUUGGAAAAGGGCAGUGGGGCUUUGUUCCAGGUGUUUGAAGGGCCCGCAAGUCGGCAGGGGGUGAAGAAACACCAGGAAGACCCUCUGGGAAACACCCCAAGGAAAGGCUUUGACUGCAGAGUAGAAGAUGCUCUAUGCUUCAACAAAAACCCAUCCCAAGAGAAAAUCCCCGAUGGGACGCCUGAGAAGGCAGAGUGCAGGAAAGGCUUCGCCCAGAGCCCUGAUGUAUCUCGUCCGGAGAAGGCACCGUCGUAUGAGUGCUCCUACUGUGGGAAGAGAUGGCCUUGCCAGUCCCAGCUGCGCCGGCACGUGAAGAUCCACACGGGGGAGCGGCCCCACAAAUGCACGGACUGCGGGAAAAGCUUCAGCACCAGCUCCAACCUCAGCCAGCACAAGCGGGUCCACACUGGGGAACGGCCAUACAGCUGCAAAGACUGCGGGAAAAGCUACCGGCGCCGAGCGUCGCUGCUCCAGCACGAGCGGGAGACCUGCCGGAAGGGUAGCCACUUAAACGCCCCGGCACUGGGUUACGUGGUCCUGGGCAACUGCACUUUGCUGUGCAUGAAGAAGUCGGCGCAGGGCGGGAGGAACCGUGUGAUUGCGCCAAAGGGAGGAGAGGCCCCCCUAGCCACUCAGCCCUUAAAUACGUUGACGGGAUAUGUGCCGGAAAGUAGCCAUCCCAAUGAUUAGAGCGCAAUGGGGUGGGGACAGGGGCAGGACGGAGAAAUCCUUCGAAGAGCGUGGUUGGAGCUUUAUUUGGGAAUCGACAGCGGCAGGAAAUGCACCCUUUGUGGUGCCGACCCCCUGUGGCAGCUCAGUGUGUAGAAACCUGUCCUAGCUAAAGAGUUUGGCCUAUAGAGGAAGGGCGAGAGCAACCAAGGAGCGUAACUCUGAGAGGCACUGAAAAGGUGUGGUUUGUUGGGCCUGAUGCAUUACUGAGUGGCAACGAUUUGCCAUUGCUUUUACUGCAGAGUGAAAAUAUGCUGACCCUGAUAACAUCAUACAUCAGGAAUGUACUGAAAACGUUGUUGGGCUUCAGCUCCCCAUCAGCCCUAACCAAAAUGGCCAGAUGGGAGCUGCUGGUCCAGCAAAAUGUAGAAGGCACCGCAUUGGUGAUUCCCACCACACGUUUUUAAAAAGCAAGAUCUGCCACAUGAAGCAGAACAUGCUAGCCAUGUACGGGUGGCCUGCCAGGCACUUAACAAGCAGCCUUGUUUUUGCAGGCCCCAGCAGGCCACCGUACAUGGGCUGUGUAACAUCUGGGCUCACUCAGCUGAUGGGCGAAGAAUGUGUGUCACGUGUUGUGCAGGCUUCAAAUGCAGUAUGCAACAGGAGUGGGUCUGGAAGUGUGUUUGGAUUGUGAAAAUGCCACAAAACCUUGGUCAGUGAGCACAAGUCUUACCUACAUGCAGGAACUAUAUAAAUGUUCUGUUUGAGAGAAACAUCA